AUGCCUCCUGUGUCCGCAAACUUUCUAUUACAUACCGCUAUCAUCAGCAGCCAGGUUAUUAUCUUGGCAUGUGGAUACGGUUUUGUUGGCGCAGUUCUCUAUUAUGAUCACCUCUCUCCGCCUGAUCAAGUGGCCAACUUAUGGGAGCAUCAUCCCCAAGAGUUGACGACAGUGAUCACAUUAAUAGCAACUGUGCUUUCGGUCACUACAACUACUCUUUUCACGAUCUCAAUCAAGGAGGCAUUGAGACAUCGGAUAACGCAGCCCAUCUCUCUCGUUCAGCUAGGCGCCGGUGUUGCUUUGGCCAAGGGCUCCAUCAUAUUGAGACAUGAACACUUGCGACUAACCACUAUGACGCUGUUCAUCUUUGGUGUGCUGAGGCUUUUGACAGCUGGGUGGAUAACUCUCCUGACACCAACCUACUUCCUAUGGCCAUUUCAGAUGCAAGGAUCCGAACUUGACAUUACUGGUACCGCGUUUUCCAACUUGCUCUAUGAAGAAUUUCAAAAGGAGGGUGUCAAUGCCAUCCAGGACAAUUCUUUCGCGAUUCUCGACGUCGGCGGAACGCUAAGCGGAGUCUCUGCUGCAGGCUAUACCUUUGGUCUUCCUGGGAUAUUUAAUUUCAAUGGCGCAAAAUAUGACGUGUCUACUCAGGGGAUUGUGCCCACCAUCGAGAGCUAUUCCGGCUCGCAUGGAAUUCCGGGUCCCGAUGGCACUCGUCUUGGGUUUACUGGUGGAAAGGUCACAGUCGACACAGUAUCGCUGCCGGGAAAACACAGCGUGUCUAUUCCUCAAGGAUUCAGUAGGAACUAUUCCAUGUGGCAGCAGGGGUUAACAGCCAAUGUCAGCUGUCAGCCCAUUAGCUCGAGUCAAACGCAGUACGUUUGGGACACGAGCAACUCCUCCGUCAUCUAUUCCAACCCAGAUAAUUUGUACAACUCCAUCACCGGUCUUCGCCUCUGGAAUAUAACUGCAAACUGCGGUGCCAGUAUGCCCACGACGCAGGAAUAUGUGACCGUGGUGAAUGCAAGUGGAUAUUCAGACCCGUUAGACAGUGGCUUUCUUCCUUGCCUCGUGUGCCCGGGGUCCUUCGGAUCUGAAUCAAAGUUAUACAAGCUUCAGCGAUUCUUACACAAGGAUUUUACAAUCCGCGCCGAUUAUUCCAAUGGCCUAAUUUCUUCCGAGGUCGUUUCAUCUACCCCCUUCCGAUCAGAGAAUGAACAGCUACUAUCAUUCCUUGCUGGAGCUAGUCGCGUUUCAGUGUACCUACUCGCAGGGGCUUCUGAGCAGUACGAUCGGAGAUACUCUACGCAGGUUUAUACAGAGCUGGAGGAGUAUUGGCGUGGCAUUGUUGAAUUUUCUGCUACGUUCCUUCGCUCCGGGUUUAUGGUUGUGGGUAGCUUCCCCGACGAUAUUGUCCCAAACAACCUUUCCUCUCUAGUCAAUGGGACCAUGUACAUAUCUACGAUAGGUUGGACUCGGCGGUCGGCGACAUAUUUUAUUUCUAUCCUUCCCUUCACCGUCAUCACCAUCGUCAUGUUUGCCUCCGCGUUGUAUAGUUUCUUACAGGCUCGGAAAAGGAACAGCAGCUAUAGGACCACCUUCGAUCCGUCAAACCCCCUGCACCUCAUUAUGGCAUCCGCCGAGGCAGGGAAGGCAUCCACCGUGGCAUCUGCUGUCGGCAGUCUGAGACUCCAAGGUUUCGACGACAACGGGAUCACAGCCAACGAGCGUGUGAAGGUGCAGCUACAGGACGAUGGUGUGGGGAAGAAGUUUGUGACAGUUGAUUGA